AUGUCUCCCAAGGUCCUCGUCGUCCUCACCUCUGCCAACGAGAUCCCCUCGAUCCAAAAGCCCACGGGCUGGUAUUUGCCUGAAUUCGCCCACCCCUACCAUGUCCUCCACAACAAAGUGUCCCUGACCAUCGCCUCGCCCAAGGGCGGCGAAGCCCCCUUGGACCCAUCGUCAGUUGAGAUGUUCAAGGACGAGACUUCAGUGAACUUCCUGAACUCGCAGAAAGCACUCUGGAAAAAUACGGAGAAGCUAUCGGAUAUGAUUCCGCGCGUUGGCGAGUUCGAUGCCAUUUUCUACGUUGGUGGACACGGCCCCAUGUUCGACCUCACCGAGGACCCCAACUCCAUCAAACUCAUCGAGACCUUCGCCGCUGCCAAAAAGCCCGUUUCUGCCGUCUGCCACGGUCCCUGCGUCUUACUCAACCCCAAGGGCCCCUCUGGAAAGCCGCUUAUUGCAGGCGCGGAGGUGACGGGAUUCUCGAACGUCGAGGAAGACCAGGCGCAGCUUUCGUCCGCGAUGCCGUUCAUGCUGGAGACGGAGCUGGCCAAGGUGUCCGGCGGACACUACGUCAAGGCCGCAGAGCCAUGGGGUGAGAAGGUGGUUGUUGCAAAGACGGAAGUUGGAGGACCCUUGAUUACAGGCCAGAACCCUGCUUCUGCUACUGGAGUCGGCGAGGCUCUUCUCAAGGCCCUUGGACUUUAA